AGCUUUACGGACGCCAAAGGUUCGAAAAACGAAGGAAGAAGAGAGCUAUACUGUGCCGUUUCGGUUGGGCCUGUGCGCCCCUUCACAUCCAUCACUUCUCCGAGUAGCGUACAACUCCCCUGCGAGCUAUAGAGUCUUCUUGCCAUACACACCUCCUACGAUUUUGUAGCGUUCUUCUUCCAUUUGGAGGUGUUUUUCUCUAUUUAUUAUUAUUUUUCUUUCCUCUUCUCGUCACUCGCUUCGAUGCCGCUGGCUGUGUUGGGCGGCGGCCUCUUCAGGGUUCUGCUUGCUGGUACUGCCAUCGUGUUGUCUUACUGCGCCGCGACGCUGGCGGUGUUGUACCGCCAUCGCCGCAGAGUGAAUACUGUUGGGUACUACCGGCUUCCGUCGAAGGACGACGCACACGCUGUGAGCGCCGCACGCGAGCGCGCGCAGGAGGAGGACAGGUUAGAAAUGCAGGUAGAGAACGCCGACGCCGAACGCGGCUCGGCUGGCUCGCGUCGUCAUUGUGGGCCGUGUUGCUGCUGCUGCGACUUGCGUGGGCGGUAUGCCUUUGUGCAAUGCGGGCACCUCUGCAUCUGUGAGCCGUGUCUCAUCACACUCGGCCAUGAGUGCGAAGCAAGUAGGGGGUCACCUUUUAAAGGGCCGUGUCAGCUUCCGUGUCCUGUGUGUCGCCGCAAGGGCUUUCUCAUCAAAACUUUCUCCGGAUGA